UGGCAAGAUAUCUCCUAGCCAUGAAGACCUCCAAUAACAGCACUCUCUUCGAGGGUCUCUUUGACAAAUUCGUACACCUCGAUCAAGAACUGUUGGAUACCUUUUACACGCUGUGGAUUGUCCUGCUGGUGGCCAACACCAUUAUUUUCCUUGUGGGCGUGGUGCUGAAUUCCUUGGCUCUUUACGUCUUCUGCUUCCGCACCAAGACGAAAACCACCUCGGUCAUCUACACCAUCAACCUGAUUGUCACCGAUUUGCUGGUGGGCUUUUCCUUGCCCAUCCGGAUCCUCAUGCACUAUGUGGCUGGAGACUGCAAGAGGUGCGCCCUUGUCCACAUCUUCAUCUACUUUGUGAACAUGUACUGCAGCAUCCUCUUCCUGACUUGCAUCUGCAUCGACCGAUACUUGGCGAUUGUCCAGGUGGAGGCCUCCCGCAAGUGGAGGAACGCCAGCUACGCCAAAAGCAUCUGUGCCUUUAUCUGGGUCUUUGCUACGGUGGUGACCUUCUCCAUCCUUACGAUGGCCGUGAAGUACUCAUACUGCUGCAUCGCCAAGAUCUUGCCCUUGAUGGUCUGCGAGUACUUCUUUCCUCUGAUCAUCAUUACCUUCUUCACCACCCGGAUCAUGUGUGCCCUCUCCAAGCCGACUCUCAUGCACCAGAGCCGAGAGAGGCGGAUGCGGGCCGUGCAGCUCCUCAUCACCGUCCUCAUCAUCUUCAUGAUUUGCUUUACCCCCUUUCAUGUCCGCCAAUUGGCCAUUUCCAUCAACCCACAGAUGCCCAAUGACAUCAGCUUGGUGGUUUACCACGUGACCGUCACCCUGAGCAGCCUCAACAGCUGCAUGGACCCGAUUGUCUACUGCUUUGUUACCAACAACUUCCAGUCGACCAUGAAGAACAUCUUCCGGAAGUCUGAACCUGAGCAAACCAGUGGAGACAUCAUCAGCGUCAACAAGGGAUCGGGUUCAAAUGCCAUUAUGCCCUUCUCAAAUGCUCUAAGCAACCCUUUAGGUUUGCCUAUACCUAACAAUACAGCAAACUCCUAG